AGAAAUUACAACUUCCACCCCUGUGAAGAGAGGUGAAAAUUUGCCUGAUUCCUCUGCUAUACUUGAGUCCCCAAUCUUGCUAACUAUAAAAGAACCAUUGACACUAGAUUACUGUUUGGAAAUGGAUGCCAAUUCAACUUUGUCAGAACAUCAUGGAAGGUAAUUGUACUAUACUUGUACUAUAAGACUCAUGUGUACUUUGUUUUCAAUUGAGUGUAAAAAGGUCUUGAAACUCUUGAUUGGAGUGAUUUCAUAUUGUGACCACUAUAUUUUUUGAAAUAUAGGUCCACAAUUGAACAAUUAAAUACAUCUUUGUUCACUGAUGAUGAACUAGAAACUAGCAGUGAGGAGAACAGCUCUGAUUAUGACUUCAGGUAACUAGUAGCAGUAUGUGUAGUGCACUAAACAAACUCUGUCAGUCUAUGGUUUGGCCUGUGCAACUUGUGUAUAGACAUCCAUCCGCAUUAAGUGACUAAUUAAUCCUUUCAGCUUUUCAUGUUAUGAUAUUCAUCUUUAUUUAGUGUUUGUUCAUGUAUUUUGUUCUACAGAAGCAAAUGUGUAAAGGAUUAAUGUCUGCAAUUUGUUGUUGAUUUACACUGCAACUUGUGUUUAAUGCAAAAACAUGUAUUUUUCAGAGAACCCGACCAGUCGGCUAUGCUGGAGUUGGAUGAUGAAAGAGGGUUGGAUGAUGAGGAGGAGACAGAGGAUGAAAUGUAUGUACAGUAUUAAUUAAGUAAUAAAAAAACAUUAUUAAUACUUGUUAUUUAUUAUUAAACAUUGCAAAGUAUAUAUGAGACAUAAUUAUUAUAUAUGGUCUUCUGGUGUCAGGUAGCAUACUGUAACUAAUAAGUCAUCAAUAUCUACUUAUAGGCCAACAAACUUCAACUAUAGCAUGGAUAUUGACGAGUAAGUAAAUAUUCGCAACAUUUACAACCAAAUGGUUACCAGGCUUAUUAAGCAAAUUCCCUGAAAUUUAAUUGCACCCCCCCCCCUCAUUUUCUUGAAAAAAAUUAAUAGCCCCCCUUCUAGUCAUUUAUUGAUACAUAUGCCCCCCUUAUUUUUGCCUUCCCCCUGUCCAUAAAUAAUAACCAGUCCCUAAGAAUAUAAAAAAUAUGAGUGUAUAUAUCCAUAAUUAAAUUAGCCUUUCAAAGCAAAUUUCAAAGAAAGUUGAAAGAGAGCCUGUUCGCAGGCUAUACUGUAGUUGAAUUUAAAGUAUAGUGUGCGAAAUGUGAUGCAAUUACGCGUUGCUAUGUAUUUUCUUUUAUUUCUCUGUUAGCAGUCCAUUAGAAGAAAGUGAAGAUGAGAACAAUGAUGUUGAUCCCCCUGGUACCAAGUUUGAUGAUCCCUUAACUACUAAAGAUUGCAUCAUUGGUCAUGGGCCACAUCCUAAACUAAGUCGGGGGGAAGAGAUAUACAAUGUUGAGCGGGAAUUCAAAAUAGUGAAUGAAAAAAAGUUUAUAUGUUCAAUUGACUUGCUGAUUUGCAUGUUUCAAGCUCGAUGUCAGACACCUGGUUGUGACAAAAGUCCUGAAGUAAACUAUCAUUUUAUUGGGCCAACUGUCAUUGUAAACUGUUUAUGUCCACAAGGUCACAAGUUCAGGUUUUGUUCCUCCCAUGAGGUGAAUGGAAUUUAUGGAAACAACCUCAUGGCAGCUGCGUGCAUCAUGCUGUCUGGGAACAAUUUUGGGAAAGUGAAACGAAUGGCCAGAUUUUACGGACUAGAAUUCCUGGCCAAGUCAACCUAUCACCGAUUCCAACGAUUAUAUCUAAUUCCUGAAGUGAAUGAAUGGUGGUCAUGGAUGAGGAAGGAAAUUCUGGAUGAAUUUGCAGGAAAAGAUAUUGUUGUUGGUGGGGAUGGCCAAUGUGACUCCCCAGGUUUCAAUGCCAAGAAUCUUUGUUAUUUCAUGGUAGAAAACAGCACAAAUUAUAUAAUUGGCAUUGAAAUUUUGGAUAAGAGACAUGUUGGCUUAAUCUCCACCAAUAUGGAAAGAAAAGCGGUGAAACAAGGAUUGGAUAAGCUAAAGAAUGACAAUGUAAGGGUUGUCGAGUUUGUGACGGAUGCUUCCUCUUCCAUUAAAGCUUUACUAGGUUUGUAAAUAUUACGAUUACUAUCCAUAUAAGAACAUUUAGCUGCGAUAGCCUACAUCCGACUUUACCUCUUUACUCUGUCUAGCGCCAGAUUAUUUACUCAUCAAGCGGAAAGUCUUGCGGCUUAAUGGGUUAACAAAUCUAUUUGCCAAUAUAAUCUUUUUAACCCUUUGAGCAAUGAUGUGCCUGACUUUAACCUUUUAUUCGAUCUAGCGCCAGACAAUCUUACUUGUUGAAGGGCAGCUUAAUAGGUUAAACAUGAUGAAACAGCGACUAUCUUUUACACCCAAAAAGCAGAUUUGAGAUCACAUAGUAUACAUGUAGUAGCUAUUUUAGACCAAUAAAAUUUGAAUAUUGUUUAUUUCAGAAUCUCAGUUUGAAGGUAUUGUUCACAGUCUGGAUGUGUGGCACAAAUCUAAAAGUAUAAAGAAGUGCCUUACAAAGGUGUGUAAUUAGCACACUUUUGUUUUUGUUGUGUGUAUGAGUUAGGGACUGUUCAUUAUUUAUACCCUAGGGUGGGGUGGGAGAUUCUUAUGUCAUGUACAAAAAUCUUGUAUCCCUCCCCCCUUUGAUGAUCUCAAAGUUGAAGACCCCUCAUACAACACUUGAAAGUUUACCACCCCCACUGUUUGUACGAAUGGUUUAAUAUUGUAAAUUGCCAGGAGAUUUUACUCAUCAAGGGAAGAGUGCUGCCGCUUAAUGGGUUGACUACCUUUAAGUGGCAAUGCGCCUAGGUGCACCCACUUUAUUAUUUUACUCUGUCUAACACCUGAUUAUUUUACUGUUUAACACCAGAUGACCACCAGGGUGAGAGUGCUGCCACUCAUUGUGUUAGGCAUAUAUAUACAUAUAUAAAUAAAUACCGUAUUGCCUUAGGCCUAUACACAUAUUAGAUUAUACUACAUCAGUGCAAUCUAGUUCUAAACAUGUUUUUACUCUUCUAUGUAUAUACAAGUUGGGUAAGCCAAAAAGAAUGAAGAAGAUUAACGAUUGGUCAGCCCAUAUAGUAAGACACUUCUGGUAUUGUUCCAGUGCCUGCCGAAAGAACGAAACAACGACCGAUGAAGAAGCAUUAAAAACCAUGAAGGUAUUAUUAUUUUUUUCUUAUAAUUAUAUGUCCCAGUAGUGGCUAAAAUGUCAAAGUCAUUAGUUAUUAAAUUAUACUGAAAACUAUACCACCAUAUUGUUUCCAAACAUCACUCAUUCUAUUAAUCCCUAAUUGUACUAGCCAUCGCAUGAUUACCUAUACUUAUAUUUACAUAUUCAGGAUAUGUGGAUUGGAUUGCUGCACCACAUAUGUAACGUGCACGAGUGGGUAGGAGGCAAGUGCGACCAUGACAUUGGUGAUCAUGAUGAAUCGUUACCCUGGUUUGACCGGCGAGAUGAAGAUUACAUCCAGCUUCAAAAAGUUAUCUUGAACCCGGAAUUACUUAAAAGUUUGCAGUAUUACACUCGUUUCAGGUAAAUAAUCACUUCAUGUCUUGCAUUUGUUUUGUGCACAGUGUUUAUCUUUUGCGUGUUUGUGUAAAUGUUAUUUAAAAAUUUGUGCUUUGUUCAUUUGCAGGCAUACUGGUGGCAUUGAAUGUGCCAACAGUCUUAGCUUGGUAUACACACCAAAACGAAUGCCUUUUAGGUUAGUUUCAAUUAGGUUGUAUAUGGUAAUACAUUUUAUACAUUCCACCUACAACCUAUGAUAUCGAAAGGGUGUUUUUUAAAUAUUGCUUCCUACUUGUAGAUACCCAACAUACAGGGCCAGAAAGCAAUUAGCUGCUAUUGAUUGGAACUACCAUCUAAACUUGCCGCAAGCUAAAACAUCAUCUGGAGACGAAAUUAUCACAAGGAAAUAUAAUCCUAGAACAAGGGAAUGGGACGUGAAGGUGGUUAAGGUGGAGAAAGGAUACGAGUAUAUCCCGAUACUAUUGUCGAGAAUCUUAAGAAGGAGGCAAAUUGAUGUAGAAAGUGUGGCUAGACAUGUUUCCCUAAAUGACAGUGACCCAGCACUAAUUUCCCCAACCAUUGCCCAUAUUCCCCCGGUACCCACCAAACAAAUUGUUAAACGAAAGAGCAGAUUUUCAAAGGACUCUGAAUAGUUGUAAAUAUUACUUUAAAUAUAUAUAAGAGGUUCUAAUAUUUCCUUGUGUGGCUUGCAUUCCAGUCAGUUCCCACCAAAGAAAUUGUUCAAUGAAACAGCAGAUUUUGUAAAGAUUGCUAAUUGGAUAUUUUACAUAUUUCGUUAAAUAAAUAAUAAAUAAUGCAACAUUGAAAUACAAUAAAAGAACAAUGUGGGUGGGAAAAUAGAACAGAAAAGCUGUUUAGUUGUCAAUGUUUAACAAUGGGGCAUUACAAAAAAACUUUACAAAAAAGUAAUGCAUGUAGUAAGGCAAAAAUUACCCUUCCGUAUCCCAUCACUUUUUAAUGUUUAAUAUUGAAUACCCCUGGGGUCGGUUGUUCAAAAUUGGGUUAGGGCUAACCCUGGAUUAAAA